CACCUUAGGGUUGCAGGACACAGAGCACAUAAGACAUACCCAAGAGGAUCACAUUGUUUACGUAAUUAUGACAUUAAAGUAUUGAUUGUGUUUUAAGGAUGUGCCCACAAACCAUUUUCCAUUCUUGAACACUCAAACACAAACAUAGUUCUCCCAACCAACAAAAUUAUGCCAUAUUUUCUUUUUGUCCUCAUAGACGUUACAAAUAUCUAUCGGCUAAACACAGACUAGCUCGAGUGACGCUGCCAUCAACACUUUUGUUUCCAAACGAGCAAACCUGUAGCAUUUAUUUGAGAAAUGAGGACUAAAAAUGUGACUCAGCUGACACGAGUUGCAAGAGUGAGUAUUUAAGUGAUUGUGUCGUAAAAGCUUUACAGUACAUAAAGUCAUAGUUGGUUUUACAUCCAGCCAGUCUAUGUUGUCAUUGUAAACACGCAACCGGAACAAGCAGCAAAAUGCGAGGCAGGGCUUUGGCCGGCUUAAAACUUGACAACUACAAAAUUGAAUAACGAAAUGUUCACAGAAAACACCAGCCCGUGUUUUACAUAAUUAGUAGUCUUUCGUUUUUCCUGUUGGUUCGAUUUGACAACUUCCGCAGUCAGAAAAGCAACUUCAGACUGACAGUAGAAAAGUUCAUUGUCACAGGUUAAGGAUGGGAACAGUGAAGUGGAUGACGAUUUUUGUCCUGCUGGGCUCAUGCCUUCAGGAUUCUGCCUCACAAGAUCUGGUUGCAUCCGUGUUCACAGCAACAUCCAAGAGUGUAACUGUUGCAUGGGAGAACCAAAUUGCCGCCACCACCUCCUGCAGGGUUUCUGCCGCCCUCCUAAGUGACCCCGACACCAUUGUCGCUUUUUCUGUGUUUGAUCCACAAGUGAUCAUGGGCACUGUGAAUAUGUUGACUCCCAACACCAAUUAUUAUCUCUCUAUUGACGUUCUUGAUGUCGCUGAAACUGUUCUGGGUACCGAAACAAUUGGUGUAAUAACAGCCCCCGAGGUGAUGGCUCCCAUCAGUAGUGUGGUGUCAAAGGACAGCACAACCUUUGAGGUGGAGUUCACCCUAGUAACCGGCGCCACACAUUACAUCGUAAGGAUCCAGAACUCUGAAGGCUUCUUUAGAGAAGAUGAAGUUCCUUCCUCCCCGGCUGAGAUCCCGUCUCUCACACCUUACACUGAAUACUCACUCAGUAUCAUGGCGGUGAAUAGAGGAGGCCGUGCACAGCCAUCUCUUUCGGUGACUGCAAAGACAGUUCUGGCUCCUCCUGUGCUCACCACAUCCUCUGCCAGCACUGACACUAUUGAUGUUUCUUGGGGUGCCAUUGAUCAAGCCGCCAAGUACAUUGUAUCAAUACACCUGGAUUCAUUAGAAGACACCACAGAGCAGGAAACCACUGGUACCUCAGUGACCAUUUCUGGCCUGGAGGCUGGACAACUCUAUGUCAUCAACUGCUGGGCCUUGGAUGCUGAAGAUGUCACAGGGGAGACCAGUUCAGAGGUCACCCAAGUAACAAUUCCUCCGACACCAACUGUCAGUGUCUCUUCGACCGUGAAUGGUGACGGUGUGACAGAGCUUACUGUGUCCUGGACAUUUGAUCCAGAGGUCUGGGGAGAAAUUACGGGAAAUGUGAACAAUGUCGAUCUCAGCUGUACUUCCACGACUGGUUCCUGCGUGCUGUCUCCAGUGGGCUGUGGAGAACAACACUCAAUUCAGGUCAUAGUCUCAAAUGCCGCUGGGUCCGGUGCCCCAACUGACUCUGAAGUCUUCACUUCUUUCCCCUGCCAGCCUGGAUCUUUGGAACAUAGUGAAAUAAGUGAUGGAAACUGCCAGAUGACAUGGGAGGCAGUGGAUUAUGCUGCUGGAUACAUCGCCAACGUCCUCAGAUCAGACAGCACUCUACAGGAAUGUGACACUGCUAGCCCCAUCUGCAGCUUUACAUGCGAGUGUGGCUACAUGUACUUGAUGUCAGUCUAUGCAUAUAAUGAUGCGGGCGAGAGUACACCAGUAAAGAAGAACUUUACCACCUUGUCCUGCUGUCCAAACGAUGUAGAAAUCUCCACGAUAAGCACAGAGACUCUGCAGGCCACUUGGACAUCUACGCGAGGGGCCGUGCUGUACCAGACCAAGGCUACACUCGAUUCAGAUGUUAUUGUAUGUAAUGACACAGCGCCAGAGUGCGCCCUCUCUGACCUCCUCUGUGACACGACCUACAGCGUGGUGGUGACACCCUGCAACGACAUCAGCGGAUGUAACACUGAAUGUCAAAGUCAUUCUGUGACAACAGCUCCCUGCACGCCAACAGAUGUGUCGCUUACUGAAGUAGACCAAUCCACUUACACCGUAACAUGGACAGGAAACAAUGUGGAGGCUGAUUAUACCGCAAGCGCAGUGAGUGAUGAGGGCACAGUCACCUGCACCUCCUCCAGUACCACCUGUGACCUCAGUAGUCUUCUGUGUGGCACCAUCUACGAGGUCAGUGUGAAAGCAUCCGGCGAUGCUGGUGAGAGUUUGUCCAGCUACUCUCAAACUUUGGAAACAGUACCAUGUUGCCCGGAAACUCUAUCAGUGAAUCAGGCGACUCAGUCCAUGUCUAACGUCGUGUGGUCUGAAGCUAAAGGAGGCAGUUCGUUUGUCGCCUCCCUGACAUCGACCAACGGAGACGCCCGUUGCCACACCGCAGACAACGAAUGCUUAAUGGGAUGCAUCACUUGUGGAACAAGUUACACUGUCGAAUUGGAAGUGAUAAACCACAGGGGGCAAAAGAAAGACUGCACAUUCGAGGGCUUCUCAUCCAGUGCCUGCUGUCCCACAUACGUCAGGCUGUACAGAACGGCCAGUGUAAAUACUCUGUACAUUUACUGGCGCAACUCUGACAGUGAGCAUGACCAUGUCGCAGAGAUCUUGGAUACCGAAUACAGCUGCAAUGCAGCUGCUGGAACCAGUGGCUGUGAUAUUCCUGACAUACAGUGUGGAGCAACAUAUCACGUAGUGGUGUCUCCACUGAAUGCUGAAGGCGAAAAAAGUCUGUUUUGUCCUGAGAGGCUCUAUGAAGUGAGUUGCUUAGAUGACAACAUUGGCACUGUGCUCUACCGAGGAAAAAGAAGUGUGGAAUAGUGAGUGGUGAGUUUACUCUUCUGUCAAGUUUCUGCAGACAUCUUCUCAUCUUCUUCAUUCUGACAUCUAUGAUUUUUUAUAACUCACAAAGACAUGCUCAUAUAAGAAUUGAAAAAGAAAUUUAAACAAACUUUUAAUAUGUUGGUAAAAGUAAGGAAGUAGUAAUUUAUUGACGUGCUGGACUACAGUAAACAAUCGACAAAACACAAAAGACACAAUGUACGACAUUGUAAAUUUGGCCACAUUUGUGUAAAAAACGCAAUAAUUUGAAAAUUCAUAAAUUUAAUCUAACAACGUGAUUCUAUAGCUUAAGUCCCAAAUAAAGAGCCUUCUGAGUUUUUAAAUGAUAGACACUGUCAUUUAUUCUCAGGAUGAAUUUAAAAAGGUAACUGAAUAGAAAUGACCCUUAUAAAACUUUAUUUCUGCUAAUAAAAACGACA